UCAGUUUUCAGGCUGUGAUCUGUAUAAGAAUUGCAGAGAUUGCGUUAUUGGUGUACCUGAUCAAAAUGUGUUGUCCGAUAGAAACGAAAACUACUGCAACGCUUGUAAUAAAGGCUGGUUUGGAAACACUUGCACGGAAUGUGGUAAAAUAUACAAUGGCAACAGUGGCGUUAUUGAAAUAUUGGGAUAUCCAAACAACGCGGAUUGCGUUUGGACCAUUGGCGUGACGAGGACAUCAACCGUUGAGUUAAGAUUUGAAAGAUUUCAUUUGGAAUCUGGAAUACAUUGCUCAUAUGAUAACUUGACGAUCUAUGACGGCGGGGACGCCCCUGAAGCGGUUGUGAUGACACUAUGCGGUCACGUGCCGCCCAGAAACUUUGUUUCGAAAUUCAACGUCAUCAUAUUAAAAUUUAAGAGCGAUGACGAGAAAAACUUUGAUGGUUUUAGAAUUACUUAUACGAAGUUAAGUGCUUGUGCUGCUAAUCCUUGUUUAAAUGGAGGUACCUGUAUGGUAGUGGCACCAACCCGGUUUAAUUGCAUCUGCGAGAUCGGGUACUAUGGCGAACAUUGUGAAUUCGAUUUACGGUGCAGGCUGCAGACCACCAGCUUUAACCCCGCAUCUGUAUUAUUCCUUUGGUGAAAGAGAGUUACGCUACGGUGCAGAGGUGUGGUACAGAUGUGAAAGCGAAUAUCGACUUCUUGGGUCCAAUGUUGCAGUUUGUACAGCCCGUGGCAGGUGGUCUAAUCAACCUCCUGUUUGUGUAUCCAAAUGUCCCCGACCCUCCAACCCCAACCAUGGUUAUGUAGACGAGCUUUCCGGCCUAACUGUGACGUAUGGGUGUGACGUAGGAUACGUUCUAGAAGGUUCCCACCGUAGUCGUUGCCUCCGAAACGGAAACUGGGAUCUAAAUCCCCCGACAUGCGCUCCCCUGUUGAAUGUAGAACCUUCUAGUGAUCUGUUGUCGCAAGGAAACGUUCGAGGUAGUGUCAUAAACGGAAAUGACGUCACAAACACUGAGAUCUCUUGUUUCCGCUUACUCAACCCCGUUGGCGGGAGAGUUCGUUUGAAUAUGUCUAGUGACGUCAUAAUCACUGGAACAAUGGCGCUUUAUUCGUGCAUUGGGGAUGACGUCAUAUUGAUCGGGAAUUCUACUCGGGUUUGUUUAAACACUGGUGGUUGGUCGGGAUAUGCUCCACUAUGUUUAAAAGUUUGUCGCGACCCUGGAAUUCCGACCUACGCUGACAAAACAAUCAUAUAUCCUGAUCACGUGGUAGAGGAUGGCGAGCGACACUUAGUGGUAGGAACGCGGAUUAAGUUUUCUUGCAUGUUUCCUGACCUUCGGAUCGUUGGAGUAAAACUUAGAGUUUGUUUAGAAGACGGGAGCUGGAGCGGAACCCGGAACCCUCUUUGUUUGCCAAGAUGCGGAUUGUUUCCAAUGACGUCAGAAAUAUUAGGGACUGUCCCGUGGCACGUCACAAUCUUGCGUCGAAACACUGUGACCAAUCGUUGGCAUCCUGUGUGUAAUGGAGCAUUUAUCGGAGACAAUCUAAUUAUUACAAGUGCACAGUGCGUCACUUACUCGUUCACGAAUCUGAAAUACAAUGUCAGCUCCAUGGUUGUUGGUAUCGGUGACGUAACAAGGACAGUCAUACGUCAUAAAUAUCACAUUUCUCGGAUUUUAAUUCACCACAAUUACGACCCCAUGUUGCGUCAUAAUGACGUUGCAUUGUUGGUGAUGACGUCAUCCGUUCCUAUUGAUUUUUCGGGAGAAAUUUGGCCGAUUUGUUUAAGGGCAAGCAACAAAAAGAGAUCAAAACUUUUGGCCGCUAGACGUCGCGGUUUAAUGAGUUCGUGGUCACCUUAUAUGGGCUGUCACGUGAGAAAUCCUUCGGCAAAUGGAACAAGAGGUUGCCAAGAUAACCAUCGUGAGGUUAAAGUAUUCAACGUAACUAGAGCGAAGAAUAUUCACUGCAGUGGCAAGCUACGGAUGGGCGGGAAAUAUAUGUGUUGGCAUUUACCUGCUCAACCUACCUGCCCUGUAGCAAUUGGAUUCGGUCAACCAUUCUUUAACCGGGUUGGGUCAAAUACUGAUUCAAAUGCUGAAACACAUCCGCGUGGUGGCGGUAGAGAGAGCUACGUAUGGGUGCUGACAGGCAUCGGGCGUGCGGCAGAGAACUGCAAUGACCGAUAUGAUUCAAACUAUAUCGCAUUCUCUAAAGUUGACAGGUAUCUAUCAUGGAUUCGCCAAUGCAUGAAAGUACUAAGAAACGAAGGUGAAUUAUAUCGACAAACUUAGUUGUGUUUUCCCAUGUACGCCUUCCCACGCUUUGUUUCUAUAGCCCUGUUUUAUAACGAUUGGCGCACCGAACACACGUUAUAUUUUGACAAAUAUUUAUUCGAGUAAAAGGUUAUCAAAUGUAAUAAAGACUCGUCAUUUCCGCGUCGUAUUAUUGAAAAGCAGAACGUAUAUUGUUACAAAACGUUCUUUGUGUGACGUCACAAAGACAACAAUCGUCAUUGUAAUUUCGAAACAUGGCAAUCGGGAACUAAAAGUAAAAAUAGAGAAAGUAAAAAAGUAAUACCAAAGUAUGUGCGAAUUUCACAUUAAAACGGCUUUUUCAUAGUCUUUUUUCACAAGAUU